AUGCAGUUCGCCACUCUCGCCGCUCUCUUUGCGCUGUCCUCCUCGCACGCCGCAACCGCUCAGUUUCUGGGUGGGCUGUUCCCAUGUGGAUUCUCGCCUUGUGGCAUCGUGGUCGCGGGUCCGGGUAGUAACCCGCCCAUGUCCGUCAGGAGUGCCGACUGUUCCAGCUUCUUACUGGCCACCGUGCCGUCAACUACGGUAACUUCAACCGUGGCACCGCCCACGACCACGACCACUCCUAGCAUCUCGACCUUGCUUACAUCGACCAAAGCUCUUCCGACCUACGGAAUAAUUUGCGGCGCCGCGGGUUACAGAUCGGCUUGCUCGUGCAUGGGCAUCUCGGCGAGCACGACAACCUCAGGGUCCACCGUUACCACAAUCACUGCAACCCCCAGUCCGUAA